CUUCAGGAGCUGAAGAUGACGAGCUCCGUGGCGCCCUACGAACAGCUGGUGUGGCAGGUGGAGGCCUUGAAGGCCGAGAACAGUCACCUGAGGCAGGAGCUUCGGGAUAACUCAAGCCACUUGUCCAAGCUGGAGACAGAAACGUCGGGCAUGAAGGAGGUCCUGAAGCACUUGCAGGGCAAGCUGGAGCAGGAGGCCCGCGUGCUGGUGUCCUCGGGGCAGACCGAGGUGCUGGAGCAGCUGAAAGCCCUGCAGAUGGACAUCACCAGCCUGUACAACCUCAAGUUCCAACCCCCGGCUCUGGCCCCCAAGCCCACUGCCCGGACCCCCGAGGGAAGCCCGGUGCACAGCUCUGGGCCCUCCAAGGACAGCUUUGGGGAGCUGAGCCGGGCCACCAUCCAGCUGCUGGAGGAACUGGACCGGGAACGGUGUUUCCUGUUGAAUGAGAUUGAGAAGGAGGAGAAGGAGAAGCUCUGGUACUACUCGCAGCUGCAGGGCCUAUCCAAGCGCCUGGACGAACUCCCGCACGUGGAGACGCAGUUCUCGAUGCAGAUGGAUCUGAUCCGCCAGCAGCUGGAGUUCGAAGCCCAGCACAUCCGCUCGCUGAUGGAGGAGCGCUUCGGCACCUCGGACGAGAUGGUGCAGCGGGCGCAGAUCCGUGCUUCCCGCCUGGAGCAGAUCGACAAGGAAUUGCUGUCGGCGCAGGACCGGGUGCAACAGACCGAGCCCCAGGCCUUGCUGGCAGUGAAGUCGAUGCCGAUGGAUGAGGACCCCGAGGCUGAGGUCCCCACGCACCCUGAGGAUGGUGCCCCUCAGCCGGGCAACAGCAAGGUGGAGGUGGUCUUCUGGCUGCUGUCCAUGCUGGCGACGCGUGACCAGGAGGACACGGCACGGACGCUGCUCGCCAUGUCGAGCUCACCUGAGAGCUGCGUGGCCAUGCGCCGCUCGGGCUGCCUGCCGCUGCUGCUGCAGAUCCUGCACGGCACCGAGGCCGGGGCUGGGGGUCGCAACGGGACCCCAGGGGCGCCGGGAGCCAAGGAUGCGCGCAUGCGCGCCAACGCAGCGCUGCACAACAUCGUCUUCUCGCAGCCGGACCAGGGUCUGGCGCGCAAGGAAAUGCGCGUUCUGCACGUGCUCGAGCAGAUCCGUGCCUACUGUGAGACCUGCUGGGACUGGCUGCAGGCCCGGGACGGCGGGCCCGAGGGCGGCGGCGCCGGCGGCGCCCCGGUCCCCAUCGAGCCACAGAUCUGCCAGGCCACCUGCGCCGUGAUGAAGCUGUCCUUCGACGAGGAAUACCGCCGCGCCAUGAACGAGCUGGGUGGGCUGCAGGCUGUGGCGGAGUUACUGCAGGUCGACUACGAGAUGCACAAGAUGACCCGGGACCCUCUCAACCUGGCCCUGCGCCGAUACGCCGGCAUGACCCUCACCAACCUAACCUUCGGGGACGUCGCCAACAAGGCCGCACUGUGCGCCCGCCGGGGCUGCAUGGAGGCCAUCGUGGCCCAGCUGGCGUCCGAGAGUGAGGAGCUGCACCAGGUGGUGUCCAGCAUCCUGCGUAACCUGUCCUGGAGGGCGGACAUCAACAGCAAGAAGGUGCUGAGGGAGGUGGGCAGCAUGACGGCCCUGAUGCAGUGCGUCCUGCGAGCCUCCAAGGAGUCCACCCUGAAGAGCGUGCUCAGCGCCCUGUGGAACCUCUCAGCGCACAGCACGGAGAACAAGGCUGCCAUCUGCCAGGUGGACGGCGCCCUGGGCUUCCUGGUCAGCACACUGACCUACAAGUGCCAGAGCAACUCGCUGGCCAUCAUCGAGAGCGGAGGCGGCAUCCUGCGCAAUGUGUCCAGCCUCAUCGCCACCCGUGAGGACUACAGGCAGGUGCUGCGGGACCACAGCUGCCUGCAGACGCUGCUGCAGCACCUGACGUCGCACAGCCUGACCAUCGUGAGCAACGCGUGCGGCACGCUCUGGAACCUGUCGGCCCGCAGCGCCGGCGACCAGGAGCUGCUGUGGGACCUGGGCGCCGUGGGCAUGCUGCGCAGCCUGGUGCACUCCAAGCACAAGAUGAUCGCCAUGGGCAGCGCCGCCGCCCUGCGCAACCUGCUGGCCCACCGGCCCGCCAAGUACCAGGCGGCGGCCACCGCCGUCUCCCCCGGCGCCUGUGCGCCCAGCCUGUACGUGCGCAAGCAGCGGGCGCUGGAGGCCGCGCUGGACGCGCGGCACCUGGCGCAGGCGCUCGACCACCUGGAGACGCAGGGCCUGCCCGAGGCCGAGGCUGCCUCCAAGAAGCCGCUGCCGCCCCUGCGCCACCUGGACGGCCUGGCCCAGGACUACGCUUCUGACUCGGGCUGCUUCGAUGAUGACGACGCACCCUCCCUGGCCACCGCUGCUGCCGCCACCGCCGAGCCCGCCAGCCCCGCCGUGCUGCCCCUCUUCCUGGGCAGCCCCUUCCUGCAGGGCCAGGCGCUGGCCCGCGCCCCGCCCGCCCGCCGGGGCGGCCUGGAGUCCGAGAAGGAGGCCGGCGGGGAGGCAGCUGUGGCAGCCAGGGCCAAGGCCAAGCUGGCACUGGCAGUGGCGCGCAUCGACCGGCUGGUGGAGGACAUCUCGGCCCUGCACACCUCGUCCGACGACAGCUUCAGCCUCAGCUCUGGGGAUCCCGGGCAGGAGGCCCCGCGGGAGGGCCGCGCGCACUCCUGCUCCCCUUGCCGGGGGCCCGAGGCGGGGCGGCGAGAGGCCGGUGGCCGGGCUCACCCGCUGCUGCGGCUCAAGGCGGCCCACGCCAGCCUCUCCAACGACAGUCUUAACAGCGGCAGCACCAGCGACGGGCACUGUCCCCGCGAGCACUCGCGGCCCUACCCGCUGGCCGCACUGGCCGAGCAUUGCGAGGGACCCCUGUGCGGCCAGGCGCGGCCCAGCCAGCUUGACCUCAACCUGCCCAGCGGCCAGGUUGAGCCCAAGGCCCGGGACGCCGCCGCCACAGAUGCCCGCGUGUGCACCAUCAAGCUGUCGCCCAUCUACCAGCAUGUGCCGCUGCUUGAGGGCACCGCCAGGGGGGGCGCGGGGUCCCUGGCCCCCAGGGCCCGGAAACAGCCCUGGCUGCCCGCAGAGGACCUGAGCAAGGUGCCCGAGAAGCUGGCGGCGGAGAAGGUACCCCUCUGCCUGUCGCGCUGCAGCUCCCUGUCCUCACUGUCCUCGGCCGGCCGCCCAGGGCCCAGUGAGGCCGGGGACCUGGACGACAGCGACUCGUCCCUGGAGGGGCUGGAGGAGGCCGGCCCCAGUGAGGCCGGGCUGGACGGGGCCUGGCAGGGGCCAGGGGCCGCCUCCCUGCCCAUGGCCAUCCCGGUGCCUCAGCGGGGCCGGGGCCUGGGGGUGGAGGACGCCACGCCGUCCAGCUCGUCCGAGAACUGCGUGCAGGAGACGCCGCUGGUGCUGAGCCGCUGCAGCUCGGUCAGCUCGCUGGGCAGCUUCGAGAGCCCAUCCAUCGCCAGCUCCGUUGCCAGCGACCCGUGCAGCGGGCUGGGCAGCGGCACAGUCAGCCCCAGCGAGCUUCCUGACAGCCCUGGGCAGACCAUGCCACCGAGCCGCAGCAAGACGCCCCCGCCGGCCCCCGCGCCGCCGGGCGAGCGUGAGGCCACCCAGUUCAGCCUGCAGUGGGAGAGCUACGUGAAGCGCUUCCUGGACAUCGCCGACUGCCGGGAGCGCUGCCGGCUGCCGUCCGAGCUGGACGCGGGCAGCGUGCGCUUCACUGUGGAGAAGCCCGACGAGAACUUCUCAUGUGCUUCCAGCCUGAGUGCGCUGGCUCUGCACGAGCUCUACGUGCAGAAGGACGUGGAGCUGCGGCUGCUGCCCCCGGCCUGCCCCGAGCGCAGCAGUGGGGGAGGCGUGGGCCCCGGGCACCGCCGGCGGGACGAGGCCGGCGGCCGCCUCGAAGGGCCAACAUCCACCGACCGGGACCUGGAGCUGCUGCGCGAGUGCCUGGGUGGGGCAGUGCCCGCCCGGCUCCGCAAGGUGGCCUCGGCGCUGGUGCCUGGCCGCCGCACCCUGCCCGUGCCCGUCUACAUGCUGGUGCCCGCCCCGGCCCGGGAGGAUGAGUCCUGCACCGACUCGGCCGAGGGCACGCCGGUCACCUUCUCCAGCGCCACAUCCCUCAGCGAGGAGACACUGCAGGGACCCCCCGGGGAUGGCGGGCCUGCGCAGGGGCAGAAGGCUGCGGGCCGUGCCGCCCCCACCAGGCAGACCGCCGGGCACCGGCACAGGGCGGGGGGCACGGGCCGGAGCACAGAGCAGCCCCGGGGGGCUGGCAGGAGCCGCGCAGGGCUGGAGCUGCCCCUCUGCCGGCCCCCAAGUGCCUGCAGGGACAGGGACAGCUCCCGCCCGGGCCGGGCGCGUGGGGACGGGGCCCUGCAAUCUCUGUGCCUCACGACGCCCACCGAGGAGGCUGUGUACUGCUUCUACGGCAACGACUCAGACGAGGAGCCGUCCGCGGCAGCGGCGGUGGCACCCCCGCGGCGGGCAUCUGCGAUCCCCCGCGCGGUGAAGAGGGAAUCCCUGGCUGGUGGCAGGAAGGAGGUGCAGGCCGUGUCCAAGGUCGCGCCGCCCAAGGUUGCUGCUCCCAAGGUCGUGCCGCCCGCCAGGGGCCAGCCCAGCCUCAUCGCCGAUGAGACGCCACCAUGCUACUCCCUGAGCUCCUCCGCCAGCUCCCUGAGCGAGCCUGAACCCUUUGACCACACGGCCAGCCGGCCCCGAGCCCGCGAGCCAGGGGUCAAAAAGGACCCAGGCCCCGGGGGCAGGCGGGAUGGCGCCCCCCGCCCGCGGGCCGAGGCAGAGCUGCUCCGGCGCUGCACUGGCUCAGCCGUGCCCAGGCGCCGGCCCCAGGUGUCUGGCCCAGGGUGCCGCCAGUCCCGAGCAGCGCAGCAGGAGAAGAGGCCAGCAGAGGGGCCCCGGGAACACAGUGAAGAGGCGGCGGGCUCGGACCACGCCUCAGACCUGGACAGCGUCGAGUGGCGCGCCAUCCAGGAGGGGGCCAACUCCAUCGUCACGUGGCUACACCAGGCAGCGGCAGCAGCCACCCACGAGGCCUCCUCUGAGUCCGACUCCGUUCUGUCCUUUGCCUCAGGGCAGUCGGUGGGCUCCACCCUGCAGCCUCCCCUGCACAGGAAGGGGCGACGGCCAAGGGCAGAGGGCCAGGCGGGCAGUGCCAUGCGGCCAGAGAAACGGGACAGGGCUCUGGCCCAGCGCAGCGGCGACCUGGAGAAGCCACGUGGCACUCAGAAGGCCACGUCCGGGGUGCCAGCCGUGCUCCGGGGACGGACGGUGAUCUACAUGCCCAGCCCAGCCACCCGGGCCCAGCCCAAAGGUGCUCCUGGGCCCCGCAAUGUGCCGAGAAAGACGGGAGCCCCAAGCCCAGUGCAGCCAGCAGCCCCCGCCAAAACCCCCGGCCCUGGGCAGCAGCGGUCUCGAAGCCUGCACCGACCUGGCAAGAUCUCGGAGCUGGCGGCGCUGAGCCCCCCUCAGAGGAGUGCCACGCCACCCGCCCGCCUCGCCAAGACCCCCUCGUCGAGCUCCUCCCAGACCUCCCCGGCCUCCCAGCCUCUGACGAGGAGGUCACCCCCGGCCGUCCAGGCUGCAGGACCCCUGCCUGGCCCCAGGGCCUCCCCCGCAACCAAGACUCCCGCCCGGGCCCUGCUGGCCAAGCAGCACAAGACACAGAAGUCGCCCGUGCGGAUCCCCUUCAUGCAGAGGCCCGCGAGGCGGGGGCCGCCACCCCUGGCCAGGGCAGCCCCGGAGCCAGGUCCAAGGGCCCGAGGGGGCCGCCCGGGGCUGGUGCGUGUGGCCUCCGCCCACUCCAGCGGCAGCGAGGCCUCCGACCGCUCCGGUUUCCGGCGGCAGCUGACCUUCAUCAAGGAGUCGCCGGGCCUGCUGCGCCGCCGACGCUCCGAACUGUCCGCCGCCGAGGCCGCCACCCCAGCUGCCCAGGCCAGCCUGCCCCGCCGCGGCCGGCCCGCACUACCCGCCGUCUUCCUAUGCUCCUCGCGCUGUGAUGAGCUGCGGGCGGCCCCCCGGCAGGCUCCGGCCCCCCAGCGGCCCCCCAUGGCCCGGCCCGGCCCGGGCGAGCGGCUGCCCCGGCGCACCAGCUCUGAGAGCCCGUCUCGCCUGCCGGUCCGCACGCCAGCCGCGCGGCCCGAGACGGUCAAGCGCUACGCCUCCCUGCCUCACAUCAGUGUGGCCCGCGGGCCCGACGCCCCCGCCCCUGGGCCUGUGGCGGACAACGCGUCCCGCAGCAGCACUGGGGAGGCCGCGCCGGGCACCACGUGGCGUCGCAUCCGGGACGAGGACGUCCCGCACAUCCUGCGGAGCACGCUGCCCCCCCGCGCCCUGCCCCUGCUGGGCUCCUCACCCGAGGACGGCCCCACAGGCCCUCCGCAGCGCAAGACCAGCGACGCCGUGGUCCAGACCGAGGACUUCGCGGCUGCCAAGACCAACUCGAGCACGUCGCCGAGCCUGGAGAGCUGGGCGACCCCACAGGCCACGACCGGCGGCCCCCCCUCCCUCCUCCUCGGCAGCGACGUGGACGGUCCGGGCCCCGCCAAGGCGCCCACCCCCGGCCCCUUCGUCCCCGCCAGCCGACACGGCUCCCCCAGCCGCUCCGCCCGCGUCCCCCCCUUCAACUACGUGCCCAGCCCCAUGGUGGCAGCCACCACUGACUCUGCCAUGGAGAAAGCCCCCGCCCCCGUCCCUACCGGCCUCCUGGGAUAGUGGCCGGGGCUGGCCUUCAAGAACGUCCUCUCCCGGCCCAGGGCCGUCUGGCUGCCCCGAGGGUGGUCCUAGCACCCGCCUGCCCACCCGGGCCCCCGCCCUCUGAGCCUCUGCCCUGCCCGUACGGGCCCCACACUCACUGCGUAGACGCUUGCUUCCGUGCCCAGGGAGC